AUGCCAGCUUUAAAACUGCAAAAAUUACAUGUACCCAAUUACAUUUCUUUACAAUCUGCAAGUGCAUUAUUCAACAGCUUUUGUUUGGAAUUUCCUCAGGAAACUUGCAAACUAUUCUAUGCAACUUGUGAUGAGAAUUCAAUUGCAUAUCGUGAUUUCACCAAGCUAUCUUUGAAGGUUUAUAUUUCGCUUGCAUUCAGCAAUAUUACAGUAUUCAAGGCUCUCCUAUAUUGGUCAGCCUCAUACUUCCAGCUGAAGGAGAAAUCUGUUGAAGAAUCACUUCUAUCGAAGCUUAUGAACGACAUUGUUCAAGACAUGAACAAAAGAUUGAUUUACAAAUCUUCUGCCUGUUGUGAUCAUAUGAUCGCAAUAGUGUGUAUUUUGUUUGAAGUGGAAAAUUUGAAACAGCAAGUGGACUCCAAAUUUUGGUUGAAGCUUACGGGCUUGGCCAUUAAAAUACUUUCAAUGAGAGGAGGCGUCGAUCAACUAAGUAAAACGAAUAUGGGUUUUUCUUUGCGAGAUUAUUUGGAACAUAUUUCUUUACUAGAUUCGGGUUUAAUCUCUUGGAUCAUGAAAUGCAAAGGUUUAACAUACAAGACAUGCAAUCGAUAUACAUGUUACCUGCCGCUUCCAAUCCAAAUUCAUAUUAUAAGUGUAUGA